UUACAGUAAACCACUCCCGCUCCUGGACUGGGCGUGCGUCAGGAGCGCAGGUGUGAUUGUAUCCAUUCCCAACAGAGUGCGGUGGGAAUAAAGACGGGAUUAAGUUCAGGAAGGAGUGAAUUUACCUGCGCUCAGGUGCGUUUGGAGAGCUGACCGUCCAGGAGAGGCAGAGGAACAGAGAGAGAGAAAGAGAGGAGCGCGCAAGAAGAAGAACAAACUUGGAAAAAGUUACGGAUACUGACGUCCCGUUGACACACACACACACACACACACACACUGAGGAAUAGGAGCGACUGAUCAAGACUUUCACGCUGCAGAACUGCUACAGAGGAAACAUCUGCAGCCAUGAAGAAAUAUUCAAAUCCAGUGAGAUCAGCCAGCGCUCGGACAAGGAGAACAGAACGAGAGGGAUCUGGUAUCACCAGUCCCACGCUGAAACGGUCGUUUGAGGUGGAGGAGACAGAUCCAUCCACACACCCUUCGCCCCUUUCCCGUCGAAACACCAACCCCCUCCGCUCAUCCACCUCCUCCACAUCCAGCCAGCGGAGCUACGACUUGAGCUCCCGCAACUCCGACUACUCCUCUUCCAGAUCCUCUCCCUCCGAGUCCUCCAAUCCUCGCUCCCCAAAGACGGGCAUGAGGCGUAUCGAGCUAUCGGGGGGCCGUAACCCCGACACCACCUCGUCCCGCCGCACAGAAAUGUCCAUCGAGGUUUCCUCGAAGCAGAUCGACAACUCCCCCAGCGCUGGCAUCGCCCGCUUCGGCCUCAAGCGGCCCGAGGUCAGCCUGAGCAAUCGGAGUACUCCCUCGGACAGCUCCUCCAACUCCAGCGCCACAAACAGGCGGGCGGAGCUCAGCAUGACGCGGCCCCUGGAGCCUCCGGCCCCUCCCAAGAGGAUGGACGCCCAGCUGUCCUCGGCCCCGGUCUCAAGGAUCCCCGAGCCCCCUCAGAGGAGAUCAGAGCCCCCGUCCCCGGUCAUCAGCCCAGUCGAGGCGGCCUCCAGGAGGCCAGAGAUGCCCGUCUUCAGACAGCCGGACGCUUCGGUGCCAAGCAGCGCAGUGGAGAACAACAACCACCCGCCUCCUGCACCCAGCGCCCCGCUGCCCUCCCUGACGGAGCCCAGAGUGGAACGGGUGCAGUCGCCCGUCACAGAGCCACCCGCAGCCCGACCAACAGACAGAUCCGAGGUGAUUUCCAGCUACAGCAGCAGUGCCAUGUCUGAGGCGGUGGUGCCUGAUGCCAUGGUGGCCCCAGCAGUGGGUGGUGGCCCUUAUGGGGAGAAGGCCGGUGGCCCCGCGGUGGACUUCAGUUAUGUGGGCAUUGAUGCCAUUCUGGAGCAGAUGAGAAGGAAAGCCAUGAAGCAGGGUUUUGAGCUGAACAUAAUGGUUGUGGGACAGAGUGGCCUGGGAAAGUCGACUCUGAUGAACACGCUGUUCAAGUCUAAAGUCAGCCGUAAGUCGGUGCUGGCCACGGCCCAGGAGAAGAUCCCCAAAACAAUCGAAAUAAAGUCCAUCAGUCACGACAUCGAGGAGAAGGGAGUGAGGAUGAAGCUGACGGUCAUUGACACACCAGGCUUUGGGGACCAGAUCAACAACGAGAACUGCUGGCAGCCCAUCAUGAAGUUCAUUAACGACCAGUACGAGGCGUACCUGCAGGAGGAGAUCAACAUCAACAGGAAGAAAAGGAUUCCAGACUCCAGAGUCCACUGCUGCAUAUACUUCAUCCCCCCGACCGGACACUGUCUGCGGCCUCUUGAUGUAGAAUUUAUGAGACGUCUCAGUAAGGUGGUCAACAUCGUCCCAGUCAUUGCCAAGGCGGACACACUCACCCUGGAGGAGAGGGACUUCUUCAAAAAGAAGAUCAGGGAAGAGCUGCGAGCCAACGGGAUCGACGUGUACCCUCAGAAAGAAUUUGACGAGGAUGCUGAGGACAGAAUGAUCAAUGAGAAGAUCAGGGAGAUGAUCCCGUUUGCUGUGGUUGGCAGCGACCAGGAGUACCAGGUGAACGGCAGGAGGCUGCUGGGGAGGAAGACCAAGUGGGGAACUAUUGAAGUUGAGAACAUAGCCCACUGUGAGUUCGCCUAUUUACGGGAUCUUCUCAUCAGGACCCAUAUGCAGAAUAUUAAGGACAUCACCAGCAGCAUCCACUAUGAAAUGUAUCGCGUGAGGCGCCUCAACGAGAACAACACGGUGGUGGCUCACGCUAACGGCGUCCCAGAACACCAUCUCGCCGCCCACGAGAUGUAGACGCCACCCGCCUCGCUGCAGGUGACCUCAGCUGGGUGAAAUUCAUUCGCUUUGAGACUUUAAACCUCCAUUGACAGUCUUGCCACCACUCCAGCCCUCCACUCCAUCCAGUCUCCAUCUCACAGGCGGGAUAGAAAACUCAAAGCCUGCCAGAGGGACUUUAUUUUUCCGUGACUUCCGGCGGCUGAAUGGACUGUUGGUGUCAGAUUAUUGCCUCAUUAACAAACACUUUCCUCUCACUAUCGCUGACGAAGAGAGUGAAGAGACGUUUGGUUCUUCCUAAUGUGCUGCGGCUUGAUUUUACCUGCUUCCACAUCUUACAGUUAUAAACCCACGUGGUGCCAAACAGAACGGACUUAAUAUCAGAAUCGCCUUAACCAUGUUAAUCUCAAUCUGUGUAUCAUUCAUUCUUUCCAAUUUUCAAUUGGCAAUCAAAAAUCAAAUAAUGAAAAAUUGACUGGUUAUUUUGUUAUUUGUUUUUUAUUAUAGCUCAAAAACUGAAAAAAUUAUUGGUUUUUCAGAUUUCAAUAUUGGGCUCAUUUAUAAAAAAAAAAUGAAAUGGAAAAUCAAGCACCAGGACUGAAUUUGAUUUUAAUAUUUAAUUGUUCGAGUUUACGUGACCCGGAAGUUUGACAUCAGUCAAGUGAGCCGUCAUUUGCUUCUCCGUAGUCAAACCAGCCGUCCUUAUAUUAUAAUAAUAAUAAUAAUAUAUAAUGUAGUGCGCCCAUAUUGUGAUAUUUACGGUAAAUUCAUUGAAGCUGCUCAGAGCGAGCUGACAUGAAGGAUAAACACUUUACGGUCAGUCUUUUUCACUUUUUUUCAGUAUAAAACUCUUACCAGCAGAGAGGAGAUGAAGUAUUAACUUUACUUUUGAACACGUGAAAUAAUCGAAUUGCGUUGACAUGCGGUUUUCAGUUUUCAGAAUAAAGUGUUACACAACCAGGCCCAAAUAUCAGAUAAAUAUGGAAAUAAGAAUAAUUGCAUGAUAUUCAUUGUGGGUUUUUUUUUUUUUU